GGAACGUUUAUCAAGUUUUCUAACUAUUUUUUCAAUGAAGAAAAGGUAUCCUUAUACAAUGCAAGUUUAUUUGAAGACAACAUUUUUUACACAUAACAUUGUUUGUAGAUAAAAAAUCUGGUAUUUCGUAUGCAAGCUGAUUGGUCAGCGGAUAUUUUUCAACCACAUCUGGAGAUUUUUAAAAAAUAUGCGACAGACGGGAAAAAAUUGACGCAACUUUACGGUGUUUGCAUGUUCAUGACACUGAUAACGUUUGUCUUUAUGCCCGUGGUACCCAAACUAUUGGAUGUCAUCAUGCCCCUCAAUGAAUCAAGACCUUUAGUUUAUCCUCUCCCAAUAUCGUACGGAAAUAUCAAUAUGGAUAAAUAUUAUGUCCCAAUCGUGAUUUAUGCUGAUUAUGCUGUUUUCGUCACCGUAACUGCGAUUGUUGCAAUGGAUACCACUUACGCCGUGUAUGUUCAACACGCCUGCGGUAUGUUCGCCGCUUUGGGCGAUAAAUUACGACAUUCGAUGGAGCCUUUACGGAAUAAAUCCAUCCAUAAAAACAGCACUGGAGAAAUCGAAAAUGCCGUGUACCAGGCGAUCGUCGAUUGCAUCGAAAUGCACAAGGGAGCCAUAAAAUUCGCUGACACGAUUGAAUCAGCUCACACAGUUGUAUUAUUCUGCGUAAUGGGUAUGAGCAUUGUAUCGAUGAGCGCCGCAGGAUAUCAGGUUAUAAUGAAUUUGGAAAAGCCAAACGAGGCAUUCAGAUUUGCUAUCUUCACACUGGCACAAUUUUUUCAUGUGUUCUACCUCAGCUGGCCCGGUCAGAAAUUGAUUGAUCACAGUGAACAAAUACACGAUUUAGUAUAUGAAGCAACAUGGUAUGAAACUUGUCCCCGUUCACAAAAAUUACUAAUCCUCAUGAUGAUGAGAAGUAUUCGGCCCUGCAAGAUAACGGCUGGCAAAUUAUAUGACAUGUCUUUCGCCAAUUUCAGCAUGAUUAUAAGAACAACCAUGUCAUACUUCACUAUGCUCACCUCCUUCAGAUGAAUCGGCGGAAAAAAAUCGUUACUGAUGUGAAAAGUGUUCGAGUCUAGUAUCUAACGAAAAGUUUUUGAUCGUAGCGACCUCAAAGCAUAUAUACCGUAGUGAGGAAACCAUAUAAGAGUCCAAUAUAUCGCGACAGCGUUUUCGCCGCACUUUUUUUCGUGUUGAUUAUCGAUCCUCAGAUGUGAUAAUAACUCCGAAGAAAUGUAGGUUUGCAAUAAAACAGAUUCAUCAGCAACAGAAUAAAGUCAGUUAUUCAGUGUCUUUGAGACACAUAUGCCUCAAUGACGAUCACCAUGGUCGAUUUACUUCAAGAAAAGCUACUGAAACAAAAUGAAAGAAACCCCACAGAAA